AUGGACGUCCAAAUCUCACCGCUCAAGUUUGACGCUGGCAUCAAUUCUCUCACAAACGGCAUCUGGCUUGAGCCCUCGGCUCAUCGCAGCUUCGACGCGCACCGCUUUGCCGUCCUGCAAGGCCGGCUGCUGCCCCUCGACGACUUUGUACCCUGGCACCUCGAUGCGACCGCCUGGGUCUCGGGCGUUGACAGUGACGAUCCUCGAUAUGAGACGCUGGACCGCCCGCUCGACACCUACCGAAAGGAGCGGAGGGCCCUCUCCCUGACUGCGGCCGAGACCGACCUGGUGCGCUACUCGGUCAAGCCCGGCUGCAUCGAGGCCGACGUUGAGCAGUGGCUUCUCUUUCACCUCAGGGCGGUCUACGACAUCUACGAGGCCUACCGACCCAAGGGCACCCGCAAGGCGCUCGAGGAGAUCUUUGGCAUAGCGAAAUCGGGCCCUCGCGCCGACAUCGCGGGGCAGGGCUUUGUCGAUUUCUGCCAGCUGGCGUUCAAGACGAGGACGAUGCUCGACCUGCGCGGCGAUGGCCAAGUCGCUCCGGAUCCUACCGGCACGGAAGAGAACGCGGGCAGUCUGGCGAGCAACGACGACGACGGCGACGACGGCGACGAAGAUGAUGAUGCUCGCACCGUGACGCCGAGGUGGUGUCACUGCCACAGAGGUGGCGAUGAGAACAGCGCCGACGAAGAUGACGACGACGAUCAGGAGGCCGAGAUGGGACGGGGCUUUGUCGACUUUUUCCAGCUAGCUUCCAACGCGAGGGCGAUGCUGGGACCGCGCUGA